UCUCUCUCCCUCCCUCUCUUUCACCUGAGGAUUUGUAAGUGUUAUUCUUGUCAUUCACAGAUCACAAACAGCCAUACAUUACCAUUAUUCUCUGGGUACCGUUGGCAACAACCAAUACAAUGAUAACAAAAGAUUUGCUGUCGGAUCACAUCUAUGCGUACGCUCUGUCCAAGACUCUGAUUAAAGUGUCCUCUCCUGCUACAGUGGGCCUCUACUCAUCAUGUCAGAACCGCAUCAACAUGAUCCUCAGAUAUAUAGAGGUCCAUAUGGAGCAGGAGGCAGAGAGGAGGGAGCGGAGUUACCAGGGCAGGUCCAAGCCUCGUUCCGUCAAAGCCUCCAUCACUGGUCUCCUAGCUCUGAUCUGCAGGCUGCUGUUCUACCGACCCGUCUGGACCGAGGAGAACCAGCGGCGGAAGAAUGUCCGGUUCAUCUAUGUUCGGUUCUCCGCAUGGCACUUCGCCGGGAGUGACCUCCUCUGGGCGGGGCUGGUGAUGAGACUGUGCCUGGCACUGCAGGAGAGCUUCGGGAAACUUCAGCUGGGCCUGUACCGCGUGGCGCAGCACAACGAGGAGGAUGAGGUGAAGAAGAAGGUGAUUGAAAACACAUCGUCAGAGUGGAGAUCUAAGAAGUUCUGCUGUUUCCCCCUCUGGUCCUUGGUCCUGGCCGUGCUGCUGGCUGCUCUCAUAGUCCUCGUCUUUCUGGUGAAGUAUGGCUUCCCGGAGGUUCCAGACGCACCUGAACUGGACGGACUGGGAUCCGGAAACGGAACAGGAGGAGAAGAAGGUCCGAGUGAAGCCCAAAGAGGGGCCGGGGUGUUGGAGGGCCUGGCGUUCGCUGUCUUCGGGCUUCCUGCAGCAGCAGCUAUGAGAUUCAUCUUCCAGAUGGGAAAGAACCUGAUCUUCAACCAGGACCUGAACGUCCGUAAGGCGCUGGACAACGAGAGGGUCAGCGGCCAACUGGGGUUCAUGAACGAGGUGAGGAAGGAGAUGUGGCUGUUGUCCAGGUUCAUCCUGUUCAUGGAGGUAUUUGAGCAGAGGAGGAUCCGCGUGGUUCUGGAGAUCACUAACCUGGACCGAUGUGCUCCUAAGAAGAUCGUUGGUGUCCUGGAUGCUAUCAGUAUACUGCUCUCUGAUGAGGAGUCCCCCUUUAUCUCUCUGCUGGCAGUCAACCCUGAGGUCCUGGUUCAACAGGUACAUAUUGUGUUAUCAGUCAACCCUGAGGUCCUGGUUCAACAGCUACAUAUUGUAUUAUCAGUCAACCCUGAGGUCCUGGUUCAACAGGUGAACUAUGCAGACGGGUGCUUCAGUAAAGAAGACAGAGCCUAUGCCUUCCUGAACCGCAUCGUGACCCUGGCCUUCACCAUACCACCGCUCUGCCACACCUCCAAGCACAAGGUGUUCUACAAUAUCGUUAGCGGCCAAUCAGAGAUCACGGAAGAAGCCAAGGGUCAUGGGUCAAAGGGGAUCGAGCUGAGAGAGCUGGACCUGGGCAGCCCGAAGUCAUCCCUCUCCUGGAUCGAGAGCACCCCCCAAACAAAGGAGACAUCAAGUAUUCUGACGGAGGCCAGUAUUCCUUUGAUAGACAACAACCACAUCAAGGAGGCGCAUGUGGCGUUUGAUCUGAGUGAGGAUGAGGUGGACAAGGCGAUAGAAUCAGCGCUGGAGAGCAUCCUGUCCAGUAACAGAGGGAACCUCCACCACUACAUCUCUGAUGACACCAUGUCCAUGAGACGGGUCAUCAACUCCAUCAGGGUCACCGUGGUGCUCAUGGAGGCUCUGAAGACUGAGCUGCCUCCGCCAGAGAACAUCGCUGCCUGGGUCGUUCUUGCCAACCAUUGGCCCUGUCGUCUCAGCUGGAUCCUACAGUGUCUGGAGGACGAGCAGCAGAGAGCAGAGAUCGAUGACGCCGUCGGGGCGGCGACAGUCGUCGACGAGUCCAAGGCUUUGUGGGAGGUGUUCAGCGACUCGAGGAUGGAGCUUCACAUGAUGAGGGAGGAGAUCGAAGACCUGCUGGAGCAGGACGGAGAUCCAGAGAUGUUUGAGAUGUUCCUCAAGGUGCAUUUCCAGUUCAGGGUGAGGGACGCGGAGAGGUUCAAGCUGACCACGGUUAACCUGGAUCAUUCUAUCAAGAGGGAACUGGCCCGGAUCAGAGGGACCACCGGACUGAAGAAUUCUGGGUGGGGGAGGAACCUGGCUCCUCUCAACAUCAGGACUGUUAUCAACAUGACCUCUGAGGACGUCUGCAAAGCGCUGGCGAGGAUGAACCUCCCUAAGAAGUACGCAGACAUCGUCCGUAGCAAUGACCUCACCGGCCAGGCGCUGGUCUUCGGUGAUCCCGACGACCUCAAACAGCUGCUGCAGAUGACCUUCGGGGAGUGGACGACCUUCAGACUCCACUUCCUGGGUAUCGGUGGGAGGGCCCAAAGUGGAGCCAAGGCCACUUCCCUAAACCCCAAACCACUGACCAAUCAGCAGUCCAAACAACCUAAAUUCGGUCCCCACAGCCACGGGUCAACAUUAAAUCUGUCUUUUUCUUGAUGCCUUGGCGAGAUAGAGAUGCAUGAUAAACGGAAUGGUCUGUGUAUUGAUGUGUAGUACCCAUGAGAACCUACCUAUCUAUUGUGUAAUGACAGUGAACUGUAUUCCUCUGCCAGCUCCUGUUGAGCUUUCAGUUGCUCAAACCAGGGUAAAGUUCAAAGGAAUGCAAUUCAUUUAACUGGUUAAUAGUUACUUAGAUUACAUUUUCUAUUACAUUUAGUUACAUUUAACUGGUUAAUAGUUACUUAGAUUACAUUUUUCCACCACUAGGUGGCGCUGCCAUUGGAUACAUUACAAAUGGACUUACUGUCCACCAACAAAAUAAAAUAACACACAGAACUAUUUAAAAAGUGCAAAAGUAUAACAAAAAGGGUCUCUACUCAUAUUACAGAGGGGUAAAAGCUUCGGACGACACCAAGUUGAACUUUGUAGCACCUACAGAUGAAAUAUGGUCUCAAGAGGAGGAGCCUGGGUAAGGCUGAAAUGUCCUGAAUAUACAGACUUCUUUCAAUUAUUUAUUAAUUGUGCUUUUAGAUACAGAUGUCAAUAAUAUGUCAACAAUCCUACCAGUGGAGGCUGCUGAGAGGAGGACAUAAUAAUGUCUGGAACGGAGCGAAUGGAACGGCAUCAAACACCUGGAAACCAUGGAAACCAUGUGUUUGAUG